GUUUCUUCUUUCUUUUAGUUCUUUAAGUUCUUAACUAAUACAACAUGUCUACCUUCAGAUCAUUACAACGUUCUUCCAAAUUGACCAGAUCCGCUCUCACUCAAGUGAGAACUUUAGCCACCGCUGAACCAACUUUAAAGCAAAGAUUGGCUGAAAUCUUACCAGAAAAGGCUGAAGAAGUCAAGCAAUUAAAGAAGGAACAUGGUAAAACCGUCAUUGGUGAAGUUUUAUUAGAACAAGCUUAUGGUGGUAUGAGAGGUAUCAAGGGUUUAGUUUGGGAAGGUUCCGUUUUAGACCCAAUCGAAGGUAUCCGUUUCAGAGGUAGAACCAUUCCAGACAUCCAAAAGGAAUUGCCAAAGGCUCCAGGUGGUGAAGAACCAUUGCCAGAAGCUUUAUUCUGGUUGUUAUUGACUGGUGAAGUCCCAACCGAAGCCCAAACCAGAGCUUUAUCUGAAGAAUUAGCUGCUAGAUCAGCCUUGCCAAAGCACGUUGAAGAAUUGAUUGACAGAUCUCCAUCUCACUUGCACCCAAUGGCUCAAUUCUCCAUUGCUGUUACCGCUUUAGAAUCUGAAUCUCAAUUCGCCAAGGCUUACGCCAAGGGUGUCCACAAGUCCGAAUACUGGAAAUACACUUACGAAGAUUCUAUUGAAUUAUUAGCCAAGUUGCCAAACAUUGCUGCUAAGAUUUACAGAAAUGUCUUCCACGAUGGUAAAUUGCCAGCUGCUAUUGACCCUAAGUUGGAUUACGGUGCUAACUUGGCCAACCUCUUGGGUUUCGGUGGUAACUCUGAAUUCGUUGAAUUGAUGAGAUUAUACUUGACCAUCCACUCUGACCACGAAGGUGGUAACGUUUCUGCCCACACCACCCACUUGGUUGGUUCUGCUUUGUCUUCUCCAUUCUUGUCCCUUGCCGCUGGUUUGAAUGGUUUAGCUGGUCCAUUGCACGGUAGAGCUAACCAAGAAGUCUUGGAAUGGUUAUUCAAGUUGAGAGAAGAAUUAAACGGUGACUACUCCAAGGAAGCCAUUGAAAAGUACUUGUGGGAAACCUUGAAUGCCGGUAGAGUUGUUCCAGGUUACGGUCACGCUGUCUUGAGAAAGACCGAUCCAAGAUACACUGCUCAAAGAGAAUUUGCUUUGAAGAGAAUGCCAGACUAUGACUUGUUCAAGUUGGUUUCCAACAUUUACGAAGUUGCUCCAGGUGUAUUGACCAAGCACGGUAAGACCAAGAACCCAUGGCCAAAUGUCGAUUCUCACUCUGGUGUUUUGUUACAAUACUACGGUUUGACUGAAGAAUCUUUCUACACUGUCUUGUUCGGUGUUUCCAGAGCCUUUGGUGUCUUGCCACAAUUAAUCUUGGACAGAGGUAUUGGUAUGCCAAUUGAAAGACCAAAGUCAUUCUCUACUGAAAAGUAUAUUGAAUUGGUUAAGAACAUUAAGGCUUAGACUAAUUUGACGACGACGAAAUUGAUGUUUUGACUUAUACGUUUUUGUUUAUAUAAUUUUAUUUAUUCGAUUUGACUAUACAAUGUAUAUAUAUAUAUAUUAGCUUUAAGUGGGUGUGUAGCGUGCGUUCUUUAGUGGUGGGAGAUACGGCUUGGGCUGUGUUUGAGUGUGGCAACUAGUCGACUAGUUAACCAGUUAACCAGCCUUAAAUGCUCUUCUAUAGAGUGCCAUGAGAUGG